UGGGCGGUGUUGGUGUCUGGUGUUGGUGGCGUGUGUUGUGGUGAUGGUAUGGUAGUGAUUCUGCUAUCUGAUUAGUGGUACCGGAACCUGCUUUAGUGUUGGUGACUGAGGAGGAAAUUCUCUCGGUGGGGGUAGAUGUUUUGUGAUCAGGUUCCUGAGUCAAGACUUCAUAUUGUUUACACCGCCAGUCAUUGCCAGACUUACCAGGACAGACAAAGUUUACUGAAUGCUGAUUGGUUGAGGGAAUAGAAGGAGAAAGGGAGGCAUCGUCACCAUGACGAUCCACAUACCAGGCCUCAUCGCUAUUAUUCUCUUCUAUGUACUAAUCCUUGGAGUAGGAUUAUGGGCCGCCCGCAAGUCCAAACAAACGGGUGCAACUGCCGACAGCGAGGAUGUCAUGUUAGCAGGGCGGAAUAUAGGUGUCCUAGUCGGAAUAUUUACCAUGACAGCCACGUGGGUCGGAGGGGCGUACAUCAAUGGCACAGCCGAGAUCAUUGUCCGAGAUGGCCUGGUGUGGUGUCAAGCCCCCUUUGGAUAUGCCCUGAGUCUCAUCUUUGGUGGAUUGUUCUUUGCCAACAAGAUGCGAUCAGAAGGCUAUGUGACCAUGCUGGAUCCAUUCCAGUACAAAUAUGGGGAGAGGAUGGGAGGGCUGCUGUACCUGCCAGCCCUACUCGGGGAGGUCUUCUGGACUGCGGCUAUCCUCUCAGCUCUGGGUGCCACGCUCUCUGUGAUUGUGGAUCUGGACACCAAGACGUCCAUCAUUGUGUCGUCCUGCAUUGCCCUCUUCUACACGCUCAUAGGGGGGCUCUACUCUGUGGCAUACACCGAUGUCGUGCAGCUCUUCUGCAUCUUCCUGGGACUGUGGGUAAGCAUCCCAUUCGCGAUGACCAACGAAGCUGUACAACCGAUCACUGUGAACGCUACGGAGAACUGGAUUAACACGUUGGAACCAAAGACUGCGGGAAUAUACAUUGAUAGUAUGCUGCUUCUCAUCUUUGGAGGAAUUCCAUGGCAGGUGUACUUCCAGCGAGUGCUGUCCUCCAAGUCGGCCUUCAAGGCCCAGAUCUUGUCCUACAUCGCUGCUUUUGGCUGUAUCAUCAUGGCGCUCCCUGCAGUGCUGUUUGGAGCAGUCGCAGCUUCUACCGACUGGAACCAGACGUCUUACGAUGGCCCUAUUCCUAUCCCCUCUGAGCGUCUAAACCUGAUCCUCCCAAUGUGCCUGCAGUUCCUGUGCCCGGACUUUGUGUCGUUUGUGGGUCUGGGUGCGGUGUCCGCCGCCGUCAUGUCGUCCGCAGACUCCUCCAUCUUGUCAGCAAGCUCCAUGUUCUCCAGGAACAUCUACAAGUGUAUCUUCAGACAAAAGGCUUCUGAAAAGGAGAUCCUGUGGGUGAUGAGAUUGGCCAUCUUUGGCGUGGGAGCAAUGGCCACAGUCAUGGCCAUCAUGGUCACCUCCAUCUAUGAACUGUGGUACCUCUGUGCCGACCUUGUCUACGUCGUCCUCUUCCCCCAACUCAUCUGCGUCAUAUACGUCAAGUUCAGCAACACGUACGGCUCCCUCGCAGGCUACAUCCUGGGCCUGUUCUUCCGUCUUGCUGGGGGCGAGAUAGCCAUCGGAGUACCACCCAUUAUCAAAUACCCUGGCUUUGACUAUGUGGACAAUGUGCAACUGUUCCCCUUCAAGACUCUAUCCAUGCUCAUUACCUUAGGUACAAUAGUGGGAGUCUCCUACCCCCUCAAGUAUGCAUUUGAGACUGGCAUCUUCCCCCGAAGAUACGAUGUAUUCAUGUGUAUUGUUAAUAUACCUGAUGAAAGUAUUGCCCUAGCAGCUCGCAUAGCUCCUGAUGAAAUGACAUCAAUCAUAGAUUCUUACAAAGACAUCAAUGGUAAAAUUAACCCGGCCCUAAAAAUCUCUCAUGAAGAUCUAAGAGUUGAAGAGGAUAAAUCGGAUGUGAUACAUUCAUCCCCACCGGAUCUGCUGGGAAAGUAAUAUGCUAGGACACUGUGUACUCUGGAGAUCUCAUCCUAUGCGAACAUCAUCACGUAGUUUAUCAGAUACUGGGUAGACACUGUAGCUUACCCAGAUAGGUGGACAGUGAUAUAAUUGUCUGCAUGACUGACAUUGAAGAUUUGGGAUCAAAGCAAAGUAAUCCUGUAUCUUAUUGUCAGUAGCCAUGUUGAAAGAGAUUCUCCUGUCAGUGUUUGCAGCAUUUAUUGUCGGCCGCUUGGACUGACGGGAGACAACACACAUUCUGUUUCUGUAUGGAAGGCACUGGAGUGAGUUGUUGUGACUUUGUAGCAAACAUCAGUGCCAGCCUUGAUAAUCUGCCGAAACACAUUCCAUUGGGUGUAAGGCUAAAAAAAAUAAAAGCCUUGUUUCUCAGGCACCGCCCACAUCAUCAUAAAGUCCACCGCAUGUUUCAUUUUUAUUUCCAUUUUUAAAAAAAUACAAAAAUCAUAAUACUUAAAAACAAUGCAAUCCAAUACAGCACGCAGUUACUUCCCCUUAUUUGCGCACUGCUUUACUACGCAUCUCAUGUUAUGGUCAUGGCGGCAAUAGGAGUUUGUAUGCUUGUUUAUGUAGGGAGGCCUUUUCCUAGGUUGAUGGUACACAUCUGUUUAUUUGGUUACAUACUAGUUUGAACAAGCAAAAAAAUAUAUAAAAAAAUGCCUGCCUGCACUAUAUUUUUAAUAGUUAUUGCUCGAGAACCAAUUCUUUAAUUUUUUGAAGCCUAUAAGGCAAAAUAACUCUGAAACUUGAAUGGAUUGCAGAAACUCUGUGAUGACACCAGGUGUUCGUAUACACUGUAUCAACCUCACUCCAUGUUGUCUGUACAUGAUUGAAGGGAACCUGGAUUACAGAUCUAGAUUGCAUACAUAGGUUUACACCAUUAUCAGGUCGAUAUUGCAAGGUAUGCAGUGGAAAUGUGAGGAGAAUCGUCUGCAUCCUAUCAAUCCUGAGACUUGUUGAGGUGCUCCUUGAUUCAAUAUGUUAUCAAAGGAUUAUUGAAGAGGUACAACAACACCAUGUAGUUUAUAUGGACUUGUUUAUGUGAAGAUGUGUCAAUGAACGAGAGAAACAGAUCAUGCUUGCUUGCAUUCCUUAUUUCACUUGGAAUGUGAUGGUUUACAGGAUCCUGCUUGUUCCAAACCAUGUUACACUUUGACUGUGAUCGUCCGUGAGAUGAUGGUUGCUCCACGGAAGAUGGAGGCGACACAUGGCAAUGUACUGGUUGAUCAGAUCAUGGUUGCUCCACGGAAGAUGGAGGCGACACAUGGCAAUGUACUGGUCGAUCAGAUUAUGCUUGCUCCAAAGAAUAUGGAUGUAACACAUGGUAAUUUGAUUCUGGGGAAACAUAUAGGUACCAACACAUCUUCUAGUGCACACAUAAUGUGAAGGAACCACAAGAGAGCUUUUUAGAAGUGUAAACAAAAAACAUUUUCUCUUUGACAUGGAAUGUGAUGGUAUUGCAACUUUCUUCAGUGAAUAUGGAGAUACCACAAGAUCAAAGUUUCUUCAAAGGAAAUGGAGGUACCACAAGAUCAAGGAUUCUUUAAAGAAUAUGAUGGUAUCACAAGAUCAAAAAUUCUUUAAAGAAUAUGAUGGUAUCACAAGUUUGUAGGCUUUUCAUAAUAUUCAAGAGUUCCUUGAAGGAUUAUUUAAAGAAUAUGACGGUUCCACAAGAUCAAAGUUUCUUCAAAGAAAACAGAGGUACCACAAGAUCAAGGAUUCUUCAAAGAAUAUGACGGUUCCUCAAGAUCAAAGUUUCUUUAAAGAAUAUGAUGGUGUCACAAGAUAAAGGAUUCUUUAAAGAAUAUGAUGGUAUCACAAGAUCAAAGAUUCUUUAAAGAAUAUGAUGGUGUCACAAGUUCAUAGGCUUUUCAUGAAAUUCAAGAGUUCCUUGAAGGACAUAUGGAUCGUAUAUUCCCAAUGAAUGAGACACCUUUUCUCUCACAGAGAAGGACACAGACCAAACUUCUCCAGACGUCAGCAGAGUGAAGGGCGUUCCAUGUUAAAGGAUAAGUGUAUGAACAUACGGCAGUGGCAAGAUGGUCGUGGUGAUGUGGGGAUUGAACUGCCGACAAACCCUGAGAUACACACCUAGCCAAUAGCACUAGAAGAAUACUGUAGAAUGCUUUUCACCAAUGUCAAGGUUUCCCAUGAUAUAUAUUACUUGUAUACAGGACUACAUGUUUUAUGCAGUGAUAACAAUAGACAUAGAAGCCAUGUAUUUUUCACCUUGUGUAAACUGCACAUGUACAAGAGUUAGAGACAUAUAGUUGCAUUUAGAUUUGCUAAGAAACUGUGAUUCUGUAUGUUUGUGUGUGUGUGUGUGAACAGAGUACUCUUGGACAGGGUACAGAUAUUGUUACAGCACACCUCACUGAUUGUAGAGUACAUAUAUAUGUUGUGAUGGUGAUUAAUAUGAUGGUAGCUGACAAUCAACAUAGCUGUCCUGGAGUUGUCAGUCAUUAUGUGCCACAUGGGCAUCUAAGGUUAAAAGUUGCAGCUAGUGCAUUUAAUGGUCAUGUCAUCGGUGUGUAGUUCAUUCAGAUUCAUGAAUUGUUUUCACGAUUUGAUUUACAAGAACAAGUCCCAACGCAGAUGGCUGGAAAAUUGCUGAUGCAGCUUAAAACAAUAUUCAUUUAUUCAUUCUCAAGAACAAACAGUGGAGACUCAUCUUUAAAGCUUAUGAACUGUCACAACCAUGCAUACCAUAAAUUUAGAUAAAUGUUAUAUCUUUAUGUUUGUAUUGUCUUUUGUUGUCAAACAUAAAAUUGAAUUUAAAAAGUCAUGUUUAGCAUGAGCGUGUGUAUAUACCAAAACACCUUGAAAACACAUUUUUUAUGUUUUGUAAUAUUUGGCAAAAUGGACACAAUUAUCAAAUUAAGUUGUUCUGGGUAUUCAGGCAUGAAAUAAUCGAAUGCAACAAUGUUGUUGUACGGGUUCGAAUCUCUUUCAGUGUGUUUGGCACAAAAACAAUCUUUGCUGAUUAUGAGUUUUUAGUGUGUCAGUAAACUUCAAAAAGUUUUAUUCAUGAAAGUAAUAUUGGGAACAAGCUAAACAACUUAGAAUAUCUUUUGGACAUAGCAGUUCAUUAAGGCAAUUUGGUAUUUUGUUGUUUUAUGAAGUAUAGCCCAUAUAAAUGACAAUACAAAUGUUUCUAUAUACUUGAUGCACCAUUAACUAGCUGGUUAUAGAGACUAGGAUGGCAGUGUACUGUUCAUGCCAACUUGGUGGAGCAAGCUAAUGCCAAGAUGCAUGCUAUACAGUUACAUGUAGCUUGUAGCCAUACAUUUCCUUCCUUAUAAUCCCUCCAAUGUCUCUCACAGACAGUGGUGAGAUCGGCUGAGUUUCACUCAUGAUACUAACAAACUGAUAUGUAGUGGAAUAAAUGCAGCAUCCAUGAAACUAGGGAGAAUCUUGUUAUAGUUUCCAAAACAUGUAUCUUUGCAUAUUGUCAUCUAACUGUAUAGCAUGAACAGACAUAUCAUUAACCAUGGUGCAGACUCUAUAACGACAAAGUGUAUAAAGCAAUAUUCCUGUAGUUGUGUCUAGAGUAUUGACUUUUCAUUCCAGCCUGUUGUGAAUGCUUUACACACGGAGUUGUAUGUUCAUUCAGAAAGAUUUGCUGAGUCAGCCCAUUUCCCACUUUGUCAAAGUCCUAGCGUACUGUUGUAUCCUAGUGCUACAUUUUGUAGAAUCAUUAAAGUAAAGGUGCAGGCAUUGAUUUGUGUGCACAAUGAGUCCACGCCCUGAUUAUUACCUCACAAAUAUACGACUAUGGAUUGUUCAAAUCCAAACUAUGCUAUUUCUUCUUAUCAUGUCAUCAUUCAGUUUUCCGUUGAAGCAAAACCAAGGAACAUGACGUCAAUAUUUUCCAUUUUUUCCAAUCGGAAGAGUUGAUCCUGGUGAUAUCUAUGAGAUAAUGAAUUGUAACUUAAUCAGGAUUCAGGAAGCUUGCCCUUGAAGAAUCAAUUUUUUUUUAUAUCUACAGCACAAAUUAGGGAAGAACUUUUACAUCCCACGCUUUUCUGAAAUACACCAAUGACAUUCAAACAUAUUAUUAAUGAAAAGCUCUCCUCAUUACAAGGCUCCUGGUCAAUAUAAAGAUAAACUUAAUAUUGCACAAUUUAUAAGAAUAUACUCUUUGGAAUAUAAGAAACUGAAAAUUCAGUUAUUUCUGUAAGUUCUGACCUGGGCCUGGGUCAGCCGUUAGGUGUUGAGACCGCCAUGUCUUCUUCAUGGAUCACACACUUAUAAAAGUGUGGUCACCUUGCAGUUGGGAGGUUCCAAAGUAGGGAGUAAUAAAUUAACUGAGUAUUUUAGUUGCUUUACAUGAUAUGUGCAUAUCCUUUCUCUUCUAUGCCACUGCUGCAGUUUGUUGAGUUGUCAAUGAUCCUGCAGUGCAGCACCUCAUCCUAAGAACAAAGAACAGUUCAUAUUCUUGCAGAAACACAUUAGGGACCAGUCAUUUAUCACAGAGGUGGGCAGGCAACAGGGAAUCAUGGGAAGGUCGCCAAAAAAUAUAAAAGUCUCUAGGGGAGGCUUAAAAAAAUUUGGAAAUUUUAAAAUAAAAUAUAGAGCGCUUUUGCAUUUUGUCUUUUCAGGGAGGGUCAAGUAAAAGUGUAUAAGGACAUGGGUCAUCCAAAAAUAUGAAUGAGUGAGUUGGGUUUAACGCCGCUUUGAACAGUAUUCCAGUUAUAUCACGGCGUGUUAGCUUAAUGUUGGAGGAAAGCUCAUGUGAUGCAGGUCUCAAAUGUU